AAAACACAUUUUAUGUAUUUUUAGAAAAUGUUGAAAUAUUUGAAAUAAAAUCUUAUUCAUACGUGGCGCUUUGUUAAUUCAUAAACACCAGAUUAAGUUUCCAAAAAUUAGUAGUGAACCGAAAAUGAUUUACGCCUGUGUUUUACUUUGUGCAUUCACUGUCCCAUUCGCAUACACAGAAAAGGCCCGACAAUAUUUUACUGAUUAUAAAGCCAAUGAAGAAUCUGAUGGAGAAGUGAUUUCUGUUGAACAUUCAAUUCAUAAAAGAAGUAUUCCUGAACUUUCAAUUAAUAUAAAAAGAAAUGGCUACGAAAGAAAAUAUAUUUUACAAUCAUCAGAAGGAUUUUUUGCUGGUGAAAAGACAAAAAUAUGGUUGGCAAGGAAAAAAGGCAGUAAUUUUACAUAUGUUUUAAAAAAUAAUAUUAUGAAGAAUGUGAACCUUACAUUUUAUCACAAUCGAAGAACGAGAUCUGUAAUAGCUCAUACAGUAAAUGAAGAAGGUGUUUCAGAAUUCAAUGGUAUUAUUGAUUCUGACAAAGUAAUACGUUCGUUAAAUAAUGUCAAACGCUUUCGCCGUGAUGUUUCAUCGAAAUCACUGUACGAAUCAAAAAAUAAUAGUUUCAACAAUUAUCACGUACUUUAUAAACGAGAAGUAUCGCUAUCAAAUAGCAGGAAUACUGGUUAUUCUACAAAUUAUCCGUAUAGCUAUGAUAAUCUAAAACAUACUCUAAAUACUCCAAGUAUUGUAUAUCCAGAAAUUUUACUUUAUGUAGAUAAAUCUCUCUUUCUGCACUUCAAUCGUAAUAUCAGAAAAACUGUAGCUCAUGUUCUAAUAUAUUGGAAUACAGUAGAUCUUUAUUUUCGAGAAUUAGAAAAUCCUUUAAUUCGUCUAAGCAUUGCUGGAAUAGUUGUGUGUGAGGAUCCAAUACAACCUAUGGAUGAAUUCUUUAUUGGCGUUAGCGCUUUGGAUAGAUAUUCAAAUUUUAUGUUUACUCAAAAUUAUUUUCAAUUUCCACGUAAUUACGAUAUUGCUGUUCUUUUGGUUAACCCUGAAAAACCUCAGUCUUAUGAAGGUAUAGCAUAUAUAGGAGGUAUUUGUCGAAAGGACAAGGAAAAAAUAACUUCAAGUGCAAUUAUCAGAGAUGAUGGGAUAUCUUUCAAUAUUCAACUUGCUGUACACGAAUUAGGUCAUCUACUGGGAACUAAUCAUGAUGAUAACAAAAGUUUGAGUAAACAACAGAUGGAAAAGUGUACUUUCAAAAAAGGUUUUUUAAUGAGCUAUCAUAGAUUUGGGAACAAUCAAUUUAACUUUUCUCCGUGUUCCAAGGAAAAUAUAUCAUUGACUCUAAGUUCAAAACAAGCCAAGUGCGUUCAGAAUAAUCCAGCUCUUGAUAGAACUGAUGAUCAAAUGCUAGCAACUUUUUCUGGACAAUACAUGUCAGCAGAUGAACAAUGCAUAUCCCGAGAAUUUGAGAGAGCGCUUGUGUCACCAAGAAUUUGUCAACAUUUAGAAUGCCACACUCAGAAUGACACACAUGUUUUAUGGUUUGCAGCACUUGAGGGAACGCCUUGUGACUUUGAAAGCGUCUGCUUAAUGGGAAGCUGUGUAAAAGUACAAUCUAAAAAAAAUGAUAGGAAUUCAGUUCUUGAUGAAUUAUUCCCAAAACAUUUUGAACCGUAUAAAAGUAAUAAAACUCUCGAGGAGCAAUGUAAGAAAAUGGGAGUAUUAAAUGUUGAAAAUGCCAUUAUAAAAAAUUGUAAACUUAACUGUGAAUAUACUUCUUCUGAUGGAGAAAUGCUCAUAAGGGAAUCGUUUAAUGCUGAGAACGGAAUUAUGUGUAAUGAUAACGGAUAUUGUCUGGAUGGAGAAUGUUACGAUGAAAUGUCCCAGUCUGCUGAAAAGCAGUGUAUCAAUUUUGGAGCAGGAAUAUUUUUAUCUAUGUCCGAAAUUGAAUGUCAGAUUGUCUGCUUAAAACUCAUUUACAAUUUUCAUGAGAAUUUUAAUAAUGCCACUUACAAAAGGACAACAGAAAAGUUGAUAAUUUCAGCUCCAGAUGGAAUUUCUUGCAAGAAUGAUGGAUACUGUCAGGCUGGUAAAUGUGUUAAUAUGACAAUUAUGUCGACUAAUAUCAACACUAAUGAUAAAUAUAAAUCUCCUAAAGAACGAUGUAAAGAUAUUUCAAUGGCUUGGAUGCAUGACUUUAACGACGGAUGUAUAACUUAUUGCAAAAAUGAAGAAAAUAAGGAAAUCGAUGAAAAUUUAGUUGCUGAAAAUGGAUAUCCUUGUGAUAAUAAUGGAACCUGUGAAGAUGGAAACUGUAUCUAUAUGACAAUAGUGUCAAGUAAUAUUCCAUCAACUGCACCUUCAGAUAAAUGGCGUGGUUUUAAGUCCCCUAGUGAACGAUGUAAGAUGAUUGGAAUGUCUCUGGCAGAUAAUUAUAACGAAGGAUGUAUAGCUUAUUGCAUAAAUGAAACUAAAAAAACGGAUGAUCAUUUAGUUGCUGAAAAUGGAUAUCCUUGCGAUAAUAAUGGAAUCUGUAGUGAUGGUAUUUGCUUUAAUACGAUAACAACUUUAAGAACUGUCAACACUAUUGCUUCAACUACUCCCUUAGUUAGAUUGCAUGAUGAUUUUGAAUCUCCCAGGAAACGAUGUCAAAAAAUUGGAAUGGCUUUGUCGUAUGAUCACGAUGAGACUAAAUGUACAAUCAAGUGCAUCGAGAUGAAUUUGGAAAUAAUACUUGGAAAUAAAAAAAACAGUGUCAAUCCAAAUUUAACAGCAGAAGAUGGAUAUCCUUGCGAAACUAAUGGAUAUUGUUUAAAUGGGGAAUGUAUAAAAAGUUCUGCAAAUGUUAAUGCGGCCCCCUUCAAAUGGAGUGUUGGUGAACUGAUAGAUCCUCGAAAAGGGGAAAUGGAAAUUAGAGAACCAGUUUUCGACUUGAUAAACGAAGAAGAAGAGAAUGUUGAUGAAGAUUACUCCAAUGUCGACGAAGAUGUAAAAACAUUUGCAACUGAUUUAGGUAUUGAUUUUUAGAAGACUUUUUUGUGAUUUUAAUUCGAGGAGCUGAGAAAAUUAAUGUUUUAAAUAAUUAUGAAUUAAUUUAAUAAUUUCCUAAUAAUAAUUAAAAUUUUUUGCAAUAUUUUGCUUUUAAAUGAUGGUUCAUGUAAAUGAUGAUACAUUGUUAAAAAAUACAAAGUUCAGUUUGUGUUUUAAUAAAUGCACAGUUACUAAA